AUGCAAAACGGUACCGUUCCAUUGGGAAGAAUGCAUAUAUACAUGAUACAUGGAAACUACACAGUUCAUCUUUGGAAGUUUGCAACUAAGGUUGAUGGCAAAGCGGAAGACGAGGAAGUGAAUGAGAAAGGGAUAUGCGGGAUGAUGCUUUCGAUGAACUUCACACAUCCUAUAAAUUGUUAAUGUCCUGGGCAUUGUCGAUUUGGGGCUGUUUAUUCUAAUCCAGUAAAGGAAAAUCAGAGAAGGGCAUGGGUUCUACUCCGAAACAACCUUUGUUCUGCUUAAAAUGGCCGUGGGAUGUUCACCAAAAUUCUAAAAAUCCCCAUGGUUGCAGCUUUGAAACUCCUUGGCUAUUAAAAUCUUUACAAAAUCUUGGCUCUGUUGCUUUCAAUCUCUAUAGCUCUGUUUCAAGAUCCUCGUAUCCCUGGAUUAGAACCUUUAAACCCUUCCAAUUAGAUGUUGGUGUGAGCCAAAAGACUAUUUCAAAGAUGGGGAAAAAGAUUUUGACUCCCGAAGAACAAGGAGAGGCGGAGCAAAGAGCCCUGGCCUCAGCUCUAGCAAGUAGAAAAGCGGCUACGGUGAUUGAGUUCUACUCCCCCAAGUGCAGGCUUUGCAAUUCAUUAUUGGGCUUUGUCUUAGAAGUAGAGAGUAAGAAUUCUGAUUGGCUUACCAUUGUAAUGGUGGAUGCUGAGAAUGAUAAAUGGCUGCCUGAGCUCCUCCAUUAUGACAUAAGGUAUGUUCCUUGCUUUGUGCUGUUGGACAAAUAUGGGAGAGCAGUAGCAAAGACGGGCAUUCCAAACAGCCGCCUGCAUGUUAUUGCCGGUGUCUCUCAUCUUCUCAAAAUGAAGCGCCCCCAGAAAAUCGAACACCAGUUUUCAACUUCGGAUCCAGAUAAUAAUUAGUGUUGAAAAUGAAUGUAAGACACGUUUAUGGACGAUUACUGAGUCGUCCUUCAUAUAUGUUAGUUUCGCUUCUGCUCC